AUGAUCCCAAGGGCCCAACUGGUCCUGUUCCUCUUUGCGACACUGAGUCUGCUGCUGUUUGUACCACUGCUGUACUGGACGGGAAAGCCCAACAUGUCAUAUCAACGGAAAAUAAAGAUGAAAGAAAUUAAAGGGACUCACCCUGGUAACUCAAACGGCGCCGUCACUCGGUUCGAGUUGGUUAAUGUUUCUCACCACGAGUCUCCACGGUCGUCCAAGCGUAUCAUUCCCAGCCCUAGUUCCAAUAAGGAAUCCAAUUCAUCUCACUGUUCACCGAAGACGAACAUCGUCUUCCUCAAGACGCACAAGUGUGGCAGCAGCACACUGCAGAACGUUCUCCUUCGAUACGGCGAGAGGAGAAACUUAGACUUUGUUCUCCCGGAGAAAGCUAACUACUUGGGACUCUCCGUGUUCCACAGAGGCAAUAUGAUGUACUAUCCGGUGAAGAAGUAUAAUAUUUUGUGCCACCACACGCGAUUCAGUUACAAAGAGAUAUCUGCUGUGAUGUUCAAAGAUUCUCUCUACAUCACGAUCCUACGGGAUCCAGUUACCCAAUUUUCGUCCUUCUUCAACUACUUCCAACGGGGGAAACUAUACCGACUGCCCGGCGACAAAGCCCUGAAGAUUUUCCUGGGAAAACCCAACUAUUACUACGGAAUCCAUUCGGGCAAAAGAUUCCAGACCAAGAAUCCCAUGCUGUAUGAUCUCGGCCUGCGAGAGAAACAUCUUGGAGACAGCGCGAGGAUUGAGGAAAAGAUCCAACAGUUGGAGACAGAGUUUGAUCUUAUCUUGAUCCUGGAGCAUUUUGACGAGUCGCUGGUACUCCUUCGACACUUAAUGUGCUGGGAUGUGGAUGACGUCGUGUACUUCGUUCUGAACUCGCGCAAAUCGUCGGUGAAAACGGUGGCGCGGGAACCCGCCGAGAAGAUCAGACGAUGGAACGCCGGGGAUCUGAGACUCUACCAGACUUUCAACCGAACUCUCUGGCGGAGGGUCGAGGCGUUCGGACGGCGGAGAAUGCGGCACGAGGUCGGGGAACUGCGGGCCAGGAUUCGGCACUUCGUGGAUCGUUGUGCGGGGAACCGAACGGAGGCUCGGAGCAAAACCAAACUUGGCGCGAGCGAUUCUCGGCUGGGAUUCAGCGAAGGAGAGAUGUGUGAUCGAAUGACAAGGCGCGGAAUACCUUACACUAAUUACAUACGAACAUAUCAGGAUUCCAGAUACGGAAUGGGGAAACCCCCAAAUAAGCCAUAA